UUUUUUUAUCAUUGUUCAAGGUUCACAUGUUAAGGUUUACACAAAUUGUUCAGCAGUGACUAUAAGCCCCUCCCCACAAUUUACGGCUAAAUAUUAGUAUAAGAUCUAAAAGGUGAAAGCCCACACUGUUUCUUAUCUUCCCCGAACUGACCCAGUUAAACAAAAUCCCAUUUCUCAGCUAGAAGUUGAUAGAACCAGGUAAUAUCCAUAUAGCUAUCCACUUUGCUGGGUCUAUCAUAUUGAUAUUCAUAGCUCCAGGUUCUACCAAGUGUUUCUCUUUUAACAGUUUCUUGUUUUUCGAAUAUUCAAACAUUGGUCUCUGGUUUAUUCUGGUUUCAAUGCUGGAAGAAACUCAUACAUUAAGUUCAUACAGUUAGUUUGAUAGAUCAUAGAUGGCUAUUUCUGUGUAAACAGACAUAUACAUGGCUUGUUUUCCUGUUGUUUACAAUACUGGGUUUCUCAUUUCUCAAGAGAAAUUGGGAGUUCAUUGUGGAAAAACCAAGUCUUUGGUUAGGUAUAGAGGUUUUUGUUGUAGUUCAUUUGUAUUGCCCUCUCUGGGGUUCUCUAUAUGUUGCAAAUCUCUACAUGGGUUGUCCUGGAACAGUAAGCUUAGUUCAAUAAUUAAUGGGAAAAGUGGAUUGGGGUUUUAUAAUUGUUGUAAAUCUCAACGUGGGUUGUUGUCUUGUAACAAUGGAAUUGUGCCACUUAGGAGUGGAAACACUGGAGAUAAACAGACCCACUUGGGUGAAAGAGAGAAUGGGUAUUUAAGAUUUAGAAGGGAGUUUUCAUUAAGAUUACGCCCGAGGUUAAGGUUAUUACGUAUAAGACUUAAAAAAGUUUUGAUUAGCUCAAUGUUGAAUGAAGUUAAAACAUUUUUGCGGAAGAAUUUGAGACGAGUGGCUCUUUUAUCAAUUUCUAUUGCAUUGGGGUUGUGCUAUUUGUUAGUGAAAUUAACGGCAUUGCCGGCUCCAACAAUUGUUCCAUAUUCCAACUUGAUAUUGAGCCUUCAAAAUGGAUCUGUUACGAAGGUUUUACUUGAAGAGGGAUCUCGUCGUAUAUUUUACAAUACUGACUUGCAAAGUGUUGCGAGUACUCAAACAUCAAAUGAGGAAUCACCAGUAAUAAAUGUUGCAACUGAGAAUGAAGCUGAUAAGGUUGCAACAGAUGAUGGUUCAAAAACUGGCAAAGCACUGAAUUUGAGCAUAUUGAAAAAAUUCUCUAGAACUCGAGCUUCUAAGCCUGAGUGGCAGUAUUCAACGAGAAAAAUUGAUCAUGAUGAGAAGUUUCUCCUUAGUUUGAUGAGAGAGAAGGGAAUUACAUAUAGCUCGGCCCCUCAAUCAGUGUUGGCGUUGAUGAGGAGGACUUUGAUAACUAUUAUAUCUUUAUGGAUUCCUCUGAUUCCUUUGAUGUGGCUUCUUUAUCGGCAACUCUCUGCUGCGAAUAGCCCAGCAAGAAAGCGGCAACCAAAUAAUCAGAUGGUUGGGUUUGAUGAUGUGGAGGGUGUUGAUGCUGCCAAGGUGGAGCUUAUGGAGAUAGUUUCAUGCCUGCAAGGAGCUGUUAACUAUGGAAAGCUAGGAGCAAAAUUACCUAGAGGUGUAUUGCUUGUGGGCCCUCCUGGAACAGGAAAAACAUUACUGGCCCGUGCAGUGGCUGGAGAAGCUGGAGUGCCAUUUUUCACUGUUUCUGCAAGUGAGUUUGUGGAAAUGUUUGUUGGAAGAGGAGCAGCUCGCAUACGAGACCUUUUUAAUGUGGCAAGGAAGUGUGCUCCUUCAAUCAUAUUCAUUGAUGAACUUGAUGCAGUUGGGGGCAAGCGCGGUAGAAGUUUUAAUGAUGAACGUGACCAAACACUAAACCAGUUGCUGACAGAAAUGGAUGGAUUUGAGUCAGACAUGAAAGUAGUUGUUAUUGCAGCCACUAAUAGGCCUGAAGCAUUGGAUCCAGCUCUCUGUAGGCCUGGUCGCUUCUCAAGAAAAGUACUUGUAGGAGAACCAGAUGAUGAAGGAAGGAAAAAGAUAUUGGCUGUACAUUUGAGAGGAGUUCCUCUAGAGGAAGACGUACAUCUUAUCUGUGAUCUAGUUGCUUCCCUGACUCCAGGUUUUGUAGGUGCUGAUCUUGCCAACAUUGUCAAUGAAGCUGCAUUACUUGCUGCUCGUAGAGGCAGUGAAACUGUGACAAGGGAAGAUAUAAUGGAGGCUAUUGAAAGAGCAAAAUUUGGAAUCAAUGAUAAGCAGCUGAGGCCCGGUACACUAAGCAAGGAACUUGGCAAACUGUUCCCCUGGAUGCCUGCUCUGGUGGGAAGGAAUGACACCCGACAGAAUGGACUGCAAGGUCCUCUAGGCUAUCAAACUCUUAGCUAAGGGCAUGGGAAUUGAGAUGGAUUUUCAACACACCAGAGAAGGGACUGCUCUGUGCUGCACUGUCUUCACAUCUUUUAACUUCCUAACUAAACAUACAACUAAAUGUGUAACAUAUUCUAAUACCAUCUACAAUGGAAAUGAUAGUCCAAUUAUAUAUUGCAUCCUUCUUUGGGAGUGACUGCUUCAAUCACAAUAGCAGUAUCACACUCCAUUAUGACUCUGUUCCAUCCCUCUCCAAUGCUCCAAUUGCUUUGACAUUGGUUUAAUGAUUUUUGUCCAUGCUUGAAACAUUCUGCCUUAUGGUCCUUGUGAUAACUGAUAGGCAGCCUUGCUUCUUCCUCAUUUUCUACAUCAACAUAAUCUUAAUAAAGCUCUCUUGAGGGGAGGAAUGGCGCUCCAUGGUGGGAGGCUUUGAUUCACUGCCAUUAUUGGGUUUUUACUUUUGAAGCUAGUGCAUGCUUUUGUCACAAUGGUUGAAACUUCCAUGUGUAAAUAUUUAAGUCUUCAGGCAAACCUUAUUCCAACCUUGCGGAUUGUCUCAUUGUCACUGCUGCAUAAAGUGUAAACUGGUCUUUUGGGAUUCAUGGGUCUAGAAGAUUUCUGGUGUGUUUGCUAGCUGUCCAGUAGGGACAACUUCUCUCCAUACUGCUUCCAUUUCCUGCUUCUUUUUCACUCUACUUUCUCCAUAAAUGAAUCAAAGCCUUGAGUUAAAUUACAAUAAAUAGGCCAAACUUUAUUUGACCUCGAAAACAAUCAGUGCACCUUUUUUUUUUCUUUGUUUGCCGAACAAUAAAACCCCAGAAACCCGUUCUGCAUUGAUUGACAUUUGGUACUGCUCAAUCUCAACCUGGUAUCAUUGGAGCUUCCUUGGAAUUUUGAACUACAGACCUCUUAAGAUUCAGUCCCUCAGUUUACAUUGGACCAAUAGGCCAUCUAUAAAUAUAUAUACUCACAUAGAAACACGUUCAGCCUACAUAUAUGCUCAAAGGAUGUCUCAUUUUAAGUGGCCAUGAUGUUUGGGCUCGGAGUUCAGACAAUCCAAAAGAUCAGUCUCCCCUUUUGGUCUUUAGGAAAUUUUUGCCAGAGCUUUAGCCAGUUAUUAUGUGACCUUUCAAGCUUUUGUAUCAGUUUUUUUCCCCAAUAAGAACAAAAAAUUUCACAAAUUUUCCACAAUUGUUGAGGUAGUCUAUUGUGAUUGGUGCACAAUAAAAGUGGUGUAUGUAGAGGGUCUAUGUACAAGUGAUGUUGCAC